GGGUAGACAUUUGUAUACAAGAGUGAAACUAUCUUCCAAAAAGGGGCUAGCAGCAAGAUGUCCUAAGGGCAACCACACAGUCUUAUACCAAUGGCUAGAAGCAGAUCUCCAUGGCAAGAGCUCAGGCACUACAGACAAAACCUCAGGAGAGAACUUUGACCAGAGUCCCAUACGAAGAACUUUCAAGUCUAAAGUUCUGGCACAUUUUCCUCAGAAUAUAGAAUGGAACCCCUUUGAUCAAGAUGCAGUGAACAUGCUGUGUAUGCCUAAAGGGCUAUCUUUCAGGACUCAGGCUGAUAACAGAGACCCACAGUUCCACUCUUUUAUAAUUACCAGAGAAGAUGGUUCUCGUACUUAUGGAUUUGUGCUUACUUUCUAUGAAGAGGUCACAAGCAAGCAGAUCUGUACUGCAAUGCAAACGCUUUACCAAAUGCACAACGCAGAACAAUACAGCAGUGUCUAUGCCUCGUCUUCAUGCAGCAUGGACUCCCUAGCAAGCAGCAUCGACGAAGGAGAUGCCACUUCACUGGCCAAGCUCCAGCGGUACAACUCCUAUGACAUCAGCAGAGACACAUUAUAUGUAUCAAAAUGUAUAUGCCUCAUCACUCCUUUGCCCUUCAUGCAGGCUUGCAAGAAGUUCCUUAUCCAGCUUUACCAGGCAGUUACCUCUCAGCAACCCCCACCUUUACCACUGGAGAGCUAUAUCCAUAACAUACUUUAUGAAGUGCCCCUUCCACCUCCUGGAAGGUCACUGAAGUUCUAUGGCGUUUCUGAGCCUAUCAUUUGCCAGAGACCUGGGCCUAGUGAACUUCCACUAUCUGACUAUCCUCUUCGGGAGGUCUUUGAACUGCUGGGAUUAGAAAACCUCGUCCAGGUUUUUACAUGUGUUCUGCUGGAGAUGCAGAUUCUUCUGUAUUCACAAGAUUAUCAGCGCCUGAUGACAGUAGCAGAGGGUAUUACCACUCUACUGUUCCCGUUUCAGUGGCAACAUGUAUAUGUUCCCAUUCUUCCUGCCUCUCUCCUACAUUUCCUAGAUGCUCCUGUCCCUUACUUGAUGGGUCUUCAGUCCAAAGAGGGAACUGAUCGUUCCAAGCUGGAACUUCCUCAAGAGGCAAAUUUGUGCUUUGUGGAUAUUGACAACCACUUCAUAGAACUGCCAGAGGAAUUUCCCCAAUUCCCCAACAAAUUGGAGUUUAUUCAGGAAAUCUCUGAAGUCCUCCUUCAGUUUGGAAUCCCUCCUGAGGGAAACCUGCACUGUAGUGAGAGUGCCACCAAACUCAAGAACCUUGUCCUUAAUGACUUGGUCAAUGACAAAAAGAAUGGGAACAUACCCAGCAAUGCCAUCAACAUGUAUGAGCUACUAAAAGGCAACGAAACUAUCGCCCGUCUGCAAGCACUAGCAAAGAGGACAGGCGUGACAGUGGAAAAAAUGACUAUCAUGGCUCCUGUGGCAGAAAGGGGAAGGGAUGUGAAACCACAGUGUGAAGAGGUGGAACUGAGGGACUACAAACUAAAUGUGCAGAUUCGUGAGGUCUUUGCCAACCACUUUACACAGAUGUUUGCGGACUACGAGGCCUUCGUCAUUCAAGCAGCACCAGACAUGGAAUCGUGGCUGACGAACAGGGAACAAAUGCAGAACUUUGACAAAGCUUCUUUUUUGUCGGACCAACCUGAGCCUUACCUCCCAUUCCUCUCACACUUCAUUGAAACCCAGAUGUUUGCAACCUUCGUUGAUAAUAAAAUUAUGUCUCAGUGGGAAGAGAAGGACUCCUUUCUGCGGGUGUUUGACUCUCGAAUUGAGAAGAUAAGGCUAUAUAAUGUAAGGGCUCCUGCACUGCGGACAUCAAAUUACCAGAAAUGCAGCACUUUAAAAGAAGCAGCCCAGUCCAUUGAACAGCGACUAAUGAAGAUUGAUCACACUGCUAUCCACCCCCACUUACUUGACAUGAAGAUUGGUCAGGGCAGAUAUGAACAGGGGUUCUUCCCAAAGCUGCAGUCAGAUGUGCUGGCAACAGGACCAACAAAUAACAAUCGGUGGGCCAGUCGAAGUGCUACAGCACAACGUAGGAAAGAUCGCCUCAGACAACAUUCGGAACAUAUUGGACUGGACAAUGAUUUGAGAGAGAAAUAUAUGCAGGAGGCAAGAAGUUUAGGAAAAAAUUUAAGGCAGCCCAAACUCUCGGACCUUUCUCCAGCUGUGAUUGCUCAAACAAACUGGAAAUUUGUGGAGGGGUUACUGAAAGAAUGCCGUAUGAAGACUAAACGUAUGUUGGUAGAGAAGAUGGGCCACGAAGCAGUAGAGCUUGGACAUGGAGAGGCCAACAUAACAGGUCUGGAGGAAAACACACUGAUUGCAAGUCUUUGUGACCUGUUGGAAAGAAUCUGGAGCCAUGGACUACAAGUCAAACAGGGGAAAUCUGCUUUGUGGUCCCAUUUGCUUCAAUACCAAGAAAGGGAAGAGAAGCAAGAACAUAAUGCAGAGUCGCCAAUUGCCCUGGGACCAGAAAGAAGGAAGUCUGACACAGGAAUUACAUUGCCAACAUUGAGGGUCUCACUUAUCCAAGAUAUGAGGCAUAUUCAGAACAUGAGUGAAAUAAAGACUGAUGUAGGUCGAGCUCGAGCCUGGAUAAGAUUGUCACUCGAAAAGAAGCUUUUGUCCCAGCAUCUUAAGCAGCUGCUUUCUAACCAGCCACUUGCUAAGAAACUUUACAAGCGUUAUGCUUUCCUGCGCUGUGAAGAAGAACGAGAACAGUUCUUGUAUCACCUGCUUUCACUCAAUGCUGUGGAUUACUUCUGCUUCACAAGUGUAUUCACCACAAUCAUGAUUCCAUACAGGUCAGUGAUCAUCCCCAUCAAAAAGCUAAGCAAUGCAAUAACCACAUCAAAUCCAUGGAUUUGUGUUUCGGGAGAACUAGGAGAUACUGGAGUAAUGCAGAUUCCCAAAAACCACUUAGAAAUGACAUUUGAGUGCCAGAAUUUAGGAAAGCUAACAACUGUUCAGAUUGGUCAUGACAACUCAGGGCUAUUAGCCAAAUGGCUGGUUGAUUGCGUCAUGGUCAGAAAUGAAAUCACAGGCCAUACAUACAAGUUUCCCUGUGGACGAUGGUUGGGUAAAGGUGUUGAUGAUGGCAGUCUGGAGAGAAUUCUAAUUGGAGAACUGGUGUCAUCCACAUCAGAUGAAGACCUGGGGAAACAGUGUCGUACUCCACCCCAGCAGAAGUCUCCUACCACAGCUCGCAGAUUGAGCAUCACUUCCCUGACAGGAAAAAAUACAAAGCCAAAUGCGGGGCAGAUCCAGGAAGGAAUUGGGGAAGCUGUAAACAACAUUGUGAAACAUUUUCACAAGCCAGAAAAAGAGAGGGGAAGCCUUACCAUUCUGUUAUGUGGAGAAAAUGGCCUGGUUGCAGCCUUGGAGCAGGUUUUCCACCAUGGAUUCAAAUCAGCUCGGAUUUUUCACAAGAACAUAUUUAUCUGGGAUUUCAUAGAGAAAGCUGUUGCUUAUUUUGAAACUACUGACCAAAUUGGGGACAAUGAAGAGGACCUCCUGCUUCAGAAAUCAUCUUGCAAAACAUUCUGCCAUUAUGUAAACGCCAUCACUACAGCACCACGGAGCAUCGGGAAGGAUGGCAAAUUCCAAAUUCUGGUUUGCCUUGGGACUAGGGAUCACUUGCUCCUUCACUGGAUUCCACUGCUGGCAGAAUGCCCUGCCAUUACAAGGAUGUAUGAGGAGAAUGCCCUCCUGCGAGACCGCAUGACUGUCAACUCCCUCAUCAGAGUCCUACAGACAUUACAAGAUUUCAACAUCAUCCUAGAAGGGUCACUCAUUAAAGGAGUGGAUGUUUAGCAUGGCUUUGCUGAGAACUUCAUUAUUUCUCUCCCAAGCAAGCGAGCAAAAAGUGGGGACCUGAUUGGACUUGAAAGCUGUGGUAGUGCAUCACUGUAAAGCAAAGUAACCCGUUAUCGGGUGGGAAUGGGAAACCCAAUUUAUGCCAGGUUCAGGACUGUCCUAAAGCUGCAGACACACACAAAUGUGGUAUUGUAGUUUAUUUGAAACAGAAAUUUAGUAUAAAAUAGAGUAUUUUCAUGUGUUAGAUGUGUGUAAAUAGGCUAUCUUCUUUAAGAAAUUAUAUUACCCUUAAGAAACUUUUCUUAGACUGAGUGUUCUUGUGUUGAAAAUUAGUAGCUUAAACCUGGGGAGACAGAAGGGGGAGAGGAGGCAUUGCUACUUGCUCGGAAGGAAGAAGCCAGUCAAUAUGUAAAUAUAGCGCAAACUCAGCAGGGCUUUUUCAGGUAUUGCGAAUGAACACAGCAAGUAUCAAUAUUUAGCCAUUGUCAUCUCAUUCUUAGAAAUGCUGUGAAUGUAUACUGUUUACCAUAUCGCACAUGGUUUCCCUUGUUUGUUUAAAAAAAAAUCCAAGCUUUUCAUGCAUCCAAGCUGUGAUUUGUCAUAGUUAAUCUUUUGUGUAAUUUUUAUCAGUCAGUACAAGAGAUGAAUAUGAACACUGGACCUGAGGAACUGUUGCACCUCAGAGAGCUCUCUGGGUUCUAAUAUCUGUUAAAUUGUACUGCGCCAGACUAUACGUGGGGAAUGUUGAUAGCUUGAUUAGUCAGUUGACCCUUUGUCUGUCACGGUUUUGCUCAAAUGACUCCCCAUCCCUACCCUAGCUUUGGAUUUUGUACUGUGCAUAAUUUCACUUUUUUCUGUUGAAGAAUUUGGUUCAUAAGAUAAAUUGAACUCUAUUGCUCUACUUGAUAAGCAUGUGUUACUGUAGAACCACAAACACUGACUUUGCUUUGAUAAGAAACCAUAUCAACCAGUUUUGAAAUGCUGGCAUGGUACUCGUCUUCCUUUAUUCUAGAGAGUAAGUGUUCCUGGGAGGCAUAGGAUCAUAUUGAUUUUGAAUAAUCUAGCUCUAGAAAACACACAAGGCAAGAAGGAGCAAUACUUUAAGGCUUCUUUCUUGUACUGUUUCAAACUAGUAAUCUGUUAGCAAUACAAAAAUAUCAUGAGUGCACAGAAAAACUGGUAGCUUCUGCUCAAAUAGAAACUGGAUCAUUUAAAGCCAAUUUGUGGGUGCCAUGCAGCAAGUCUACAAGAUGUACCAUUCCAUUUUCUUUUUUGGAGACCAGAUCUGGGGAGACUGGGGACAUAGUUAACUUAAAACUGCUGUUGGCUUUUAGAGAUUGGCUCAACAUUUUUUUUUGGUUGUCACUACUUUAAUUAAUUCUUCAGUGAAUGCCUGUGGGUAUCACAGAUCUUGGGAAGGAGGCACCUGACCAGAAUAACAAAUGAAUUACAUUGUAGGUCAGAACUAAAGUGCAUUAGAGAAAGCUUUGGUGGAAUGCUCUUGUUACAUCUUGCUCUCACCCAGAGCAGUUUAUACACACAUGUAUAAUAUACAGUGUAUAUUAUAUACACAGAAUGCACAAUAUACUAGUGUAUAUUAUAUAUAUAAUGAAAAGAGUUGAGAUCCAUAGAAAGCAGGGGGCUUAGAAAUUAGGGGGGGGGGGUUUCUCUCUCUCUCUCUCUCCUGCAUUUUCCCAACUUCAAAACAAUGUUAGAAAAUUGGUGUUUUAGUCGCUCCUAACCUGUAGGCAAGGUUUUAUAGAUCCAGUGAGCUAAAGUGGAGUGGAGUGCACAGUAAAAGAAAAGAAAAGGGAAAAAGGCAGAACAAGAGAGAUGGAAGUGAAAAGAAAACUAGACCAUACCAAAAUGUUGACCUUUGUCAGGCAGCUUUUGGACAUUAUGGCACUGUAAUCCACAACAGAGGGAUUCGUUUUACAGGCUGGUACAGUUCAUACUCUCUAUUUGCAAGCUAAUAAUGAAUAUUCACUUUCCUAUUAUCUUUCUACUGGCCAGUUCUUGUAAUAGCAUUCACUUUUGUCAGGUGGUUCUGCAUGACACUUCCUGGCCAAAGAAAAACAAUUAUGUGGCAUCCAUCUUAUUGGAAAGUUUUAUAAUGAAUAACUAGAAAAAUGUCAGAUAAAAAUAAAGAUGCUUCAGAUUAUAUGAGGGUCUCAUAUGGAUUAUACUAGUCUGUGCUGAGUAACUCAGAGUAUAUCAGUAUCUGUAUGCAUGUACAAAUUGGAUCAUAUUCCCCUGCAACUCUAGUUACAUACUCUUUCAAACUCGGUCUUCAACAAUACAUGAUGCCUGUGCUAGUUGUAAGGGUGUGGGUAGUUGCUCUGAACUACAUGUUGAUUUAAGCAAACUACAACUUGUAACAAAUAUUUGCUUUUCAGACUUUCUGCACCUCCCCUUGCUUGAAUUGUCUAAAAUCAUCCAAAACAGAUUGCAGUUCUAUAUAGAAUGAAUAGUAGGGUUGUGAAGAAUUCAUUUGGAAGACUGUGGAUAAUGCAGUGGGCUUGUGCUAAAAGCCUGCACUUGUGUGCUGCCUCUAAUUUAACAUUUACAAUUUUGGACAGGUGUGGAGUCUUUUUUUUUUUUGGGUGGUAGUGACCGGGCAGUCUCAGUUCAAGCUAACAGGAGAUACCUGAGCAGAAUAUUCAGCAAGAAUUUUGAAAAGUCAUUGCUGACUUCACUUUUUACAUGAACUAUAAACCAAGUAUCAGAAACCAAAUGGCAGUAUUAUGUGGUACUACUGGUGACUUAGGAAGUUUGAAUUUUUUACUCUUUGUAAAUCAACAUUUUCAUGCCCCAGAAUGAAUCUAGUUCAGUGACACCCACCUUUCUGACCCUGUGGGCGAGUUGAGAGGUAGAGGUUUGGCCCACAGAUUGGGCAGGUCCAGCGGUGCAAUCUAGUGUGUUAGCCUGGCCCUGUGCACCUGGAUCUGGCUGCAUGCAGCCCAACCCACAUGUCUGGAUCUGACUAUGCACUGGCAUGCAGGGUCACAUUAUCUGGCCUGCACACUUCCCCAUGGGACCAGAAAUUUGGCAGCAGAAGAGAUGCAGUUAAUGCUGCCACCAUUCCCCCUCCACCAAAUUUCCAGGGGUUGAGCAUCCCUGGUCUCGAUUAUUCCUGAAGUCCUUUCAAUCUGUACCAUCCGAAGACAGUGAUCCUUUUGGUCAGGGAUUUAUAAGGUUUUUUUUCUUUCUUUCAUGAAAGUUAUAAUUCUUUUUCAGAGCAGUCUGCAUCCAGGUGGUUGUGUUUUGAAUUUUUUCUAAAUAUUUAUGGCUGAUGAAGGAAGGUAGCCUGGACACUGCACCCCACACAGUGUCACGUGUAUGUUGGAGAGGCUAGAAAGAGAAGCAUCCUUCAAGUCAUGUGUAGAUGUAGAGAACACUCCAUAGUAUAAGGGGAAAGGACCACUUACAGGCAGUGCCCUUACAUUAAAACAUACCUGAGAAAUGUAAAGUUCAAGGUGGCUUCAUUUUCCCCCCCCCCCAAUUAAAUUUAAAACCUGUGGCACUUAACUUUUUAACACAACUUCACAUUGUUUUGGGGGGGAUUUUUGGUUUUUUUAGAAAGUGUUAACUUAUAUGGGGCUUGUUUGUUUUAUUAAGCUUCACAUCACAAAUAGUAUGAGAAGAAUAAUGUGUCUAAUGUUCCCUAAUAGGCAAUAAAGCAUCAUAGAUGCCCUAAAGUAUAUUGAAGCAAGAGGCACAGCUGAGUACUUCUGAAUUCUAGUAGACUGGCUCUUUGACAACCUUUGGGCGUAUGGUUCUUUGUACUGAAUGUUUUACUCCUUCGUGUAUACAUUUUUAGUAGAUUACUUUUGAUCAUUGGAAACUGUGAGAGUCUUCAUUUUUCCUGUGAGGUUUACAGAAAUCAUUGUAACCUGCUAGAGUAGAGAGCAAGCCUAUCAGGGUUCUCUUAAACUUAGCACAGUUUUGUAUUUCAGUAUUAAAGCACCUUCAUUGUUUGGGAAAUGGAAUCUUGAAAAAGACCAAAGCCCUUUUGCAAAAGUAUGUAUCCAAAUUGUCUGUUUCAAAUGUCUGAGUCCUGCAUAGUAAUGUUAUGCUAACAUUCAGUAUAAUAGCUUGAAAGAAAGAGUAAGAAAAUCAAAUGCCUCACUGUGUCUGUACAAAACAUGUAUUUAUAAUUCUCUGAAGCUAGUUGGAUUUCAUUGUGUUUAGUGAAAAAUCCACAGCUGUUUGUUCUGCACUAUUAGUUACUUUUGUUCAAAAUGAUCUUUUUAAAAUAGCUCUGUGAAGGCAUAUUUAAGAAAUUUCCUUCUUUCAAUCAAAUGAAGGUGUGCAUCUCAUAGGAAAUUGUUGUAUGUUACACUUGAAAUGUAUGAAUGUGCCCUAUAUAGCUUAAAACAGCCCUAAGUGUCUCCAUAUUAAGUAUAUUAUUAUUUUGUCUUUACAUGGUUACUAACUGAAUCAGAACUGGAUUAUUUUCAGGAAGACGAUAUUAGUAAAAAGUAUUGUUAUAUCAAGCACUUUAACGUACAUAUCACAAACUGACAUGGGUUUUUCAGGUUUUGGAGUACAUUUAAAUACAGCUUUUCAUGCUCUGUUCUUUACAAAUAAAACUGUGAGAA